UUUCACGAAACAACCCUUGUGUCCAUAAUCGUGUGUAAGAUUGGGUUCGAAGUGGCUUUGUUUUGUCACCAUCAAACCAGUCAACACACCUAUCAAAUUUUGUAAGGCAAAGACAAAAAAAAAUAGAUGUAACGCUUUGACGUUUUAUAUAAGUGAGGACUGGAAACAAGCUUGGUCAUGUGUGAAAUCUCGUGUUUCUGUUAUUUGAAUUCGGGUAGUAUUGAUUUCAACAGAUGUUUAUAAAAUCAUCUGAAUAUCAUCAUUCCAACAGUUUACAUUACUCGAACGCUCGAAGUGGUUUACAUGACAACUUAAGAAAUUGACAAUUAAUAAACAUUCCGUUUUGUUUGUAUAAAGAAAAAUUUGCACGUCAUUUACUCACAGAUCCAUGUCAACAUCAUCAAAAGCUCAUAGUAAAAUGGCGUGGCUUAUCUCAAUGUUGGUAUUGUUCUGUUUUUUUGGAUGUGUAGCACCAGAGAAGUGUAUCUCUUUGAAGAAUGGAUGCAGCAAUGGUGGGCUUUUCGAUAGUUAUAAAGCUCUAUUUACACCAGCGUGUAAUGAACAUGACGUCUGCUAUUUUUGCGGUCACUACUUCGACAUUUCAAAGAUCGAUUGUGACAACCGGUUUUAUGUAGACAUGAAAAGAACGUGCAAUCAAAAUGGCGGAUGGGGUUGCACGACCUAUGCUUUCAUAUACUAUUCCGCAACAAGGUUAUUCGGGACUCCAUUUUACACAGAUUUUAUGUUUCCAAUAUGUCGCAAGAAAUGCGUGGAAGACAUUCUUAUAAAAGACCAUAAACAUUAAGAUAACUCCUACGUCAAUUCUUUUUACAUUUGCUAUAAAAUGGUAACCAUCAAAUGCAUGUUCACUAGGGAACAAGAUACACUGAAUUUAAAUUGUUUUUGAUUGCGCCUUUUAACUUUUCCAUCGAUUAACGUCUGAGGUUUUUUGAAUGAUAAUACGUCAUAGGAAUUUUUGUUUUAUUGUCAUACCAACAAGGUAGGCGAGACAUUAAAAAUACACUAGAAUCCCUUUGGUUGACUUUAGUUAUUUAAAAAAAGCAAUUUUAUCAAUUUUGUACUUAGUCCUUGCUUUAUUACGUGUUCUUAUGAUAUGCUGUAUACGUAUGCUACAAAAUAAUAUGGCAAUGUACAGUUCAUUUGUAUUUGUGUUUAAUUGUAUUAUUGGCA